UAAAUAUUUCUAGAUCAAUUAUAAUUUCACGUUUUACCAUAUUCAUAUAGUUUUAUAGAGAACGGAAAUAUAUGUGGUUUUGGAGUUUUGAAAUGAUGUAUAUUUUGAACUUAAGUGACAAAAAUUAGGCAUGUAAUUUGUAACAAUUUUCUUUUUUUGUCAACUUUACUACAUUUCUUCUAACCAACACUUCAAAACAGAUUUUUUUUUUUUAUAUAUGUUUAUCUAAGGAACUAUCAAAGAAUAUAAUUGAGUAAUUAAGUACUACUCUCGACAAUUGCCACCAUCUCUUGGACCCAUCAUACAUAUACAAUAAAGUGUGGUAAAGAAGCAUUAGUUAGCUUCUCAACAACCUCAUUUAACUACAACAAUGUAUAUAAAUAGCUAUGUCCUAUGUGUAUUAUAAAUAAACCAUUUGCAUAUAUAUAGUUUAUACUUUGUAGAAUAAUAUACCAUAUAACCUGAAAAUAGAAAGAGAGAUAUAUAUGGCAAUAGAAAGGCAAGUAUUGUUGGAAGGAGAGGAGCCAGUAAGUCCAUUUGCACGGUUGUUUAGCUUGCCGGGUCUCGAUGUCUUCAACAUUGUAACCAUUGGAUGCAAAACCGAAGGCAAUGCAUCAACCAUCAUUGAAGGCAUAAAGAACACUUUGAUCAACCAUCCACGCUUCUCUAGCAUACUGGUGACUGGUCAUGGUGAGCACAAAGGAAAAGCUAGAUGGGUUCCAACGGAAGUAAAAGUAGAAGAACAUGUAAUUGUUCCGGAUAUAGAUCCCAGUAUUGAGAAUCCUGAUGAAUUUCUUGAGGAUUAUACAUCAAACAUGGCUCUUUCUCCAAUGGAUAUGUCCAAACCUUUAUGGGAGUUUCAUUUAUUGAAACUUAAAACAUCACAUGCGGAAGCUGUGACCGUGGCUAGGUUCCAUCAUUCUUUGGGCGACGGGAUGUCUCUUAUGUCUCUUUUACUCGCUUGUACUCGGAAAACAUGUGAUCCCGAGGCAUUGCCUACUUUUGUGGCUCCAAAGAAAAGCAAAGCGAAGAACGUUUGCUUUUCUUUGGUUGCUUGGUUAUGGUUCGUAGUAAGACUUAUGUUCCACACUUGUGUUGAAGUUAUCAAGUCUAUUUUUGUAUGUCGUGCGAGGGACACCUCAGCUCAUAUAAUGGGUAAACCAGGAACUACAAUUAGCGCUAAUAAAUUUAUUCAUCAAAUCAUUAGUUUGGAUGAUGUCAAAAUGGUGAAGAACGCCAUGAAUGUGACUGUAAAUGAUGUUCUUUUUGGGAUGGUAUAAGCUGGUCUUUCUCGAUAUUUGAACCAAAGAUAUGAUCUUGAAACAUCCUCAAAGUCAAGAAAAAAUCUUCAUGGUGUUGUUUUUUUUAAUCUAAGGCCAAAUAGAAAUAUUGAGGAUUUGGCAAAUAUGAUGGCAAAAGGUUCAAAGUGUAGAUGGGGAAACUCAAUAGGUUAUGUUCUGAUUCCCCUGGAGAUGAAGUCAAACGAUGAUGUAUUUGAAUAUGUUCGACAAUCCAAAACUAUUAUGGAUCGUAAAAAACAUUCUCUCGAACCUCUAUUUUCCUAUAGUUUGCUCAAAAAAUUAACAUUGGAGGUUUUUGGAUUAACGGCACUCAAGACUGAUCUUGUAAACAGAAUUUUCGGUAGCACAACAAUGAUAUUCUCAAAUGUGGUUGGUCCAGCUGAAGAAAUUAGCUUUUUUGGCCAUCAAAUAUCUUACAUUGCUGCAAGUACCUUUGGUAUCCCACAGGCACUCAUUAUUGGUAUUCAAAGCUAUGUGGAUAAACUUAUAAUCAACAUUGGAGUUGAUGUAGACGUGAUUCCAGACCCUCAUCACCUUUGUGAUCUCAUCAUCGAAGCUCUCCGCAUGAUGAAUUCUGCUGCUCCAAAAAAGAUUUUUCAUGCGUCAAAGGUUUAAGCGAAACGUUUGGCGUGGAAAAGAUGAAGAAUGGAGCAUAAAUUUUCAAAGCCUUGUCUACUACUCUCUCUUUUUUAUUUUUUUUUGGGUCAGCAACCAUCUCAUUAUGAGUUUAUCAUCUUUAUAUGUACUAUACUGUUCUUGUGUGU